AUGAAGACUGUGGCACUACUCUUGGUCCUUGUUUGCUUGGUUGGAUUAGCCUAUUCCUGGGAAUGGCCGUGGCAAUCGCAAAAGAAACCUUGGGAACGUCCACGAUUCCCAAUUCCAAGUCCCAAUCCUCGUGAUAAGUGGUGUCGUCUAAAUCUGGGUCCCGCAUGGGGAGGAAGAUGCUAGCGCAUAUUUAUUUCAAAAGUGAAAUUUAGUUUAUAUACAUUUCUGUUGAAACAGAAUUUAAUAUAUUCACUAGAUUUUCAAAGUUUGAAAUAUUAAAAUUGCU